AUUUGAUUACAUAUUAGUGAAUGUCUUUGAUGUUUCCUGUUUGUACUCAUCUGUGCAUAAAAUUAUGUCAGUACUUAUGUGAUUGUGACACGUAGUAUUCAUUCACUUUUUUAUUUGACCAAACUUUUGGUUUGACAAAAUAUUCUUUGAAACAGGUAAGCGUUUCAUAUACUGUUAAUGUUAAGUUGUACUAUUAGCUCCUUAUAAAAAAGCAUUUUACAUGAAUUUAUAAAGACAAAAAUGCACUGAAAUGCUCAAAGAGUGUACAUAGUGUUUUGUACAUAUUGUUUUGUAAACAUUAAUAUUCUCGAAUGACAAUAAAAUAUUUCACCUAGCUUGUUUGUGAAUUGUGAUACUUCAUUAAUAUUAUUAGAACGUAAUUGACUACAACUUAUUAAUGUGCUAUAUAUUUACUAAAUAUUGGACUGCAGUUAGGGCUUUCGAGUCAUUGAUUGUGAUUGAGCCAUCCUUUAUUUAAUGGCAGUUGCUUCACCUGACAACAUUAAAUCCCUCCCUUUAAUUAAUAACGAAUUGCUCAUUUGUUGUCGACAUACUCUUUGUUUGCUGGCAAAUUUCUAAGGAUACCCUAUUACAAAAAACACAUGUGUACUGAUUAGAUUUAUUAAUUAUUGACUAGCUGGAAGUUCAAGUCAGAUUACUGUGUUUCUUACUAAAUAUAGCUCAGCAACAUUAAUCCCCCCUGCCUAGUAACCCUACCUCUCCAAUAAACCUAGACAUCUCAAAUGUGCCUGAAAUAAGUUAGCUAGCUGGGAGCCUUCCCAUUUGGCUGCAAUAUGCACCCUAGUGCACCCUAUAUUUUAUUUUUUACUCUUUUGCAUGUCAAGGGGAGAGCACCAGAGACCCCCUUUAAGACCCCCUCACUUUUCUUCAGGACCAAUUUUGUAAUAUAUUCUUUCAAAACUGAGGACAAUUUUAUGGGGAACGAUACCCCUAGACUGCUGAUUAGAUCCCCCCACUCAUUUGGGGCUGCAUGGUUAUGCCCCUGGAUAGCCUGCGAACAGGCUCUCAAGCUGAAUUGAGAGCCUGCAUCGAUGACUAAUGAAUUUGAAUAUCUGCGUCUCAAAUCGUGACGCGAAAUUCUCAUUGGUCAGAUGCUAUAAUUUAUAUUAUUCCACUGAGCUCUAUAUAUGUCAACUGCUAAGCAAGCACUAUGCAUAAAAAACACAUUAACUGAUAGAUAGAUAGAUAGAUAGAAAAACUUUAUUUACCCACGCUAACCCUAUCAACCGAAGCUGAUUUCCAUAGGGGCGUGUCAUGCAUAAGAAAAAUUACAUAAAUAUAUAUUUACAAAUAUGAGGUAUAGUAACAAAUUGGUCGUGGCCAUCUUAUCUCAAAGCACGAAAUGUUCUGUUUUGAGAAAACAGUAUUUAAAACAUUUAAACUUUUGCUUGAAUAUCUUACAUUUCGAAAAACAGUAUAAACUGUACGGUCUAAAUUUAGUUUGCAUGGUCUAAAUUUAGUUUGCACGAAAGUUGUAAACAACACCAUAUAAGGAUAGACAUUCCAUAUUUGGAAAAACGAACGUUACGGGGCAGAUAUUCAAAUUCAUUAGUCAUCGAUGCAGGCUCUCAAUUCAGCUUGAGAGCCUGUUCGCAGGCUAGCCCCUGGAGAGCAUUAAGCGCUCAGUAGGUUAAUUAAUGAAGGAUUAAUACAGUAUGUGAGUACCACCUUCUGCUUGGGUAUCAGCAAAUUAAUAAGUGUAUUCUAGUACAUUGGGUGUGUUUCUAAGCUGUUAACCAACUAACUCUCUAUUUACCACUAAUGACAAAUAUUAUCACAGGAUUGUUUAAAUUCAGGCUUGAAGAAAGGAUGUCAGGCAAGAAUUUUUGUUUAUUCAUCCCACUUUUAUUUACCCUUUGUUCAACUACUAACGGCGACCUGACUGGUCAUUUGCAACCCCUUGGAUCACAAGUCCCACCUGUUGGAGACGUGUUGACACUUACUGAAAUCCCGUCACCUCAAGAAUUUUUCGACCAGUUUGUUAAACCUGGAAAACCAGUCGUUUUUAAAGGAGCAGCAACUAAAACGCCAGCUUAUGAGCUCUGGACUGAUGAUUAUUUAAGGUAUCGACUUAAUACUUCAUCAGACUUCAUUCUGUUCUUCAUUCUGUUAACUUUUUAACUGGCAUUACAUUCUAAUCAUGUGCCCUACUACUUUUUUAUUUUAUUCUGAAUAUUACUGGAUGGUUUCACUCACCAAGGGGAGACAGUGGUGGAAAUUCACUUUUUUCUGUCCCGGGGGGGGGGGCAAAGCCUCCUAAAUUUCCGACAAAACUUUCAAAUUUUUGACAACCCCCCCCAUUUUCAUGCGAAAAGGCUGUUUUUAGUCCUCUUUUAGGUCAAAAUUUCUAAAACUUUGUCAUUUCCCCCCCCCCCUCCCACCGAGAUUUCCACCACUGAGGGGAGAGUACUGGCACUAGCCAUGGCAUGCACCCGAAAAUGUAGUUUACAUUUUUAAAAAAUUUACUUUGAGUCGUGGUGGACUGUUUAAUUUGUUCUAUAAGUCAUGAACCUAUAUCAUAAUAAUGCCAAAAACCUUCAAAAACCAAUUGAUAUCAAAGGAACUAGACUCAGUUCCAGUUAUCAGAUACAGAGAUACUCGAACCAACUCAGGUGCAUAAUAAAAAAAGUGUUUGUGGUAAUAUUUUGGACGCUAAUUCGUACUUCUACCCUUCAUUCAGGGUCUGUUUUCUCUAAACUUGAAGUCUUGCUGUUUUGAAUUUUUUCAAAAAAACAAUCUUACCGAGUCAACUGACUCUGUUGACUCCUAGUUAGUUACGGGCCUGCUGUAUGCAUAUUUUCGAAACACUUCUUAAAUUUUAAGCUCGAAGUUUGGCGAAGUGAAGUUUGAUGUGGAGGAAGGAAAGAAGGAGAAUCGUUCGAGAGAACUUUUCAACAUGCCUCUUGGGGAAUUUUUGAAAUCUUACAAAGAAAAAGAUAUAUAUCUUGUUGCUUCUGUACCAAAGAUAAUGAGAGGUAUAUGUUAUUCUCCUUCUGUCAUAAUUAAGAUUUAAGGCAUGAGUUGACAACGAUAAAUUGUAAAAAGUAAAAAAGUAAAUUUCGAGAUUUUUGGGCAUCCUGUCCCAUAGAAAUAACAGUUGAAGAGUCAGUUUGUGGAUAGAAUUUUCUAGUGUAAGAUUAUGUACAAUUUACGACCUAACCAGGAGCGUUUGCGAAAAAUGCAACUACAGGCCCAGCUCUGGUAGGAAACGAACCUGCUGCCCUGCGAUUCCUGUGCAGUGCUCUGGCCAACUGAGCUACAGAGUCCAGAUGUCGAACUCUAACCACAAGUUAAUGUAUAUAUACUAGGGUACUGCCAUAUGUUGGGUUAUGGGUAAAUAAUACUAAAUAUCAAGAUCUUUUGGCGUCUACUACGGUGCUGUUGGCAGUACCCUAGAAAAUGUACAUGAACUUGUGGUUAGAGCUUGACAACUGGCCUCUGUAGCUCAAUUGGUUAGAGCGCUGCACCAGAACCGCGGGUCCGCAGGUUCCAUUCCUGCCAAUGAUCUAAAGUUACAUUUUUUGCAUUAGGUCUAACGAUUUUAUAUAGAAUUUCCACUUGAUAAUUUCCAUCUACAAUACCCUUCAACUAUUAUUCAAUCGAGUGAGAUGCCAUCAAAAUCUUAAUAUUUAUCCAAAGGGCCUAUACUAUAGUUGCAUUUUACAAAACAAAACCCUAACAAAUAAAUAGCACGUAAAUAAAUAACUUAAAUGUUCCACGUCUUCCUCUCUCUUCUCUUAAUUAUUUCUUCCUUUAAAGAACUUUGUUUGAGAACAUUUUCUCAUUUCACACUAGAUGAUAUUUACUUGUUAAAAUGUUUGUUAUGUGGUGGAUUUACCGAUGAACUUCAGGACAGCGUCAUGUGGUUCAGUAAUGGCGGUACAAAAUCUGUGCUCCAUUAUGAUGCUAUUGAUAACAUCAACUGUCUCAUGAGUGGUACGAAGGAACUUUUUAUGGUCCAUAAGGUAAAUAUACUUUCAGUGGUGCCUAAAUUACUUUGAAUUUGUACUCGAGUAAAAGUAGAAAGUAAUUAACAAUAAAACGACUUGAGUAAGAGUAAAAAGUACUGGAGGCAAAACGUACUUUAAGUAAAAAGUACAAAGUAUCCUUAAGAAAUACUUGAAGAGUUGAAGUAAAAAGUAAAAGUACUAUUUCUGUUGCGUGUAUAGGGGGGGGGGGGGACUUCUCCGAUGGAUUGACAUACAAAAGACACAAAAAAGCACACGCGUUAUAUGCGUGCACCUAAUAUACAAUAUUUCACGGCAUGCAUGGUCUACUUUCCAGACCCCGUUGAAUUCAUUAAAUAAAUAAUGCUUAUAAGUUUGCCACAAAAGCGAGAUCCCAGACGCAUGUAGAGGUCCUAUUACCUAUCCCAAAAUUAAAAUAAAUCGGGAAUAAAUCACGUAAAAUUAAACAACAGUUAGAAAGUAACGAAAUACUUCGCCACAAAAUGAAAAUAACGAAGUAAAACGUUACUUCUUAAAAAGACUUCGUUCCAAGUAAAAGUACUCCAGAGAAAGUUUACUUUGUUACAUGCUCACUUCUCAAAAAUAGUACUCAAGUACAGUAACGAAGUACAUUUUUACUUCGUUACUCUCGGGACACCACUGUAGACUUUACUGUUUCAGUUAAAGGGAUUUGUAGUUGGAAAUUUUGAGCACAGUAGAUAACUGUAGUAGAACUAUGCUUAUUUUCGUUUUUCAGAAAGAACAUGCGCAUGUUCUAAUUGACAAACCAGAUGGAUCAUUUUCCAAAGUUGACGUGGAUAAAGUUGAUCUUCAGAAAUACCCAGGAUUAGCUGAUGUUCCUUGGUACAAAGCAAAUAUGGAAGCUGGUGAUUGUCUGUUUAUUCCUUAUAGGUAUGAGAGAGGCAAUAGUGACAAUUACGACGAUAACAACAGCAACAACAACGGGAAUAACAACAGCAACAACAGGAAUAACAACAACAACAACAGCAAUAACAGCAACAGCAACAGCAACAACAACAACAGCAACAGCAACAACAACAACAACAGCAGCAACAGCAACAACAACAACAACAACAGCAACAGCAACAACAACAACAACAACAGCAGCAACAGCAAGGCAGCAGCAAUGAUAAAUGAUGGAGCAGCAAUAACAAACAAAUAGCAACCACAACAACAACAACAGCAGCAGCAGCAACAACGACGACGACUCCCACAACAACUCCCACAACAACUCCCACAACAACUCCCACAACAACUCCCACAACAACUCCCACAACAACUCCAACAACAACUCCAACAACAACUCCAACAACAACUCCAACAACUCCAGCAAGGCAGCAACAAUGACAACUGACAGAGUAGCAAUAACAAACAAACAGCAACAACAGCAGCAACAGCGACGACAUCAAUUAACAACAGCAACAGCCUCAACAGCAACAUCAACACAACACAACACAACACAACAAUAAAAAACAAAACUAAGAAUAAAAACGUAGCUUGCUCGCAGUCCCAAACAAGCAGGCUAAUUAAACAAAACAUAACCACUGAACCAAAUAACUACUGUGAAAACAUGUUUAUAUAUUAGCUAGGUUUUCACCAAGAAUAAAAAGAUGUCAUUUACUAACUUGUAAACUAAGGAACAUUUCAUUAAAUUGUUGUUAUUCUUUUUGUUUUUAAGAUGGUUCCACCAAGUUCGCUCGUAUGGACCAAGGAAUUUGGCGAUCAAUAUUUGGUUCGCUCACAAACUAGAAUUUAACUCAACUGAUUGCGAAGAGAGUCCUUAUAAAGAUAAACAAUUUGCACCACUUUCUGAAUUCGAAGUCACUGAAAGCCUAGGACCAGGUUUACCGUAAGUCGUCAUAGAGUUAUAUAUAGUUGUUCUUCAUAAAUUAAUUGAGCAUGAAGGUUUAAGUACUAGUUCUAUUUAGUUUUCACCAAUUCCAUCAAAUGUACGACUACUACAUACAUAAAACAAAAAUUAUUGACAUUAUUUUCUCAUUCUAACACUGCAAAAACAGAUUGGUUAAAACAAAAAUUGGUUAUUCAGAAUGAAUCUGAGACAAUCAAUUUGUUGGUUGUUUUAACCAAUUUUUUUAAAAUAAUAACUGCAUGUUAAACACUUAUCUGGUGCAAUCUGCCGAUAUAAUUGUUGAUUCAUGUUUCAGAUUAUUACUGUUAGAUGAAAUGGAACAGAAGCCUAUAGAUGAAGAGAAAUUUUUGGAAAUUAUCAAGGUCGGAAGGAAUUGUUUUUGAAAUAAAAAGUCGUAUAUCUGCCCUGUUGCAUUCAGUGAUCUUAUUAUACCUUAUCUUUUUAUGUAGAAUUUGUGGAAUAGUGAAAAGUUGAUGAAGGGAGAAGGAAUUGAAGUGGUGAGUCAUUCGAAUUGGGAGUAAACUAUGGCGGAUGGACAUAAUAAAUCUUUACUUUUUUCUGUGUGUAUGUUGAAUUUGUUACUGUCAAGUCAGUAACAGCAGCAAAUGGCUUUAUUAGCAUGACUUUACGUAGAAGUAUUGCUAAUGCUUAUUAGUUUUGUGGUAAUAUGACACUGUGAGUAAUACAAUUUGAUAUAAAGAAAGACCUAGUUUACAAAUGAGUACUCUAUUUACAGUAUAUAUGUAAUUGAAGAAGUUUGGGAGUUAGUUAGAUAGUCUAGAUAGCCUAUUGACUGUCAGCAUUCCGAGCUUCAAGGCAUUUAGAUCUCUUCUCAAAACAUAAAGAGAUAAAUUUUGAUAAUAUUAUCACGGUAUCUUUAUCAGUUGAUUCAUUAUCUCAACUGAUAAACUGUGUUCGUUUAAAUCUGUGUAGUCAGUGGCGGACAUUAUGGGAGGGGGGAGGGGGGCAUGACGUAGCCUGCGAACAGGCUCUCAAGCUGAAUUGAGAGCCUGCAUCGAUGACUAAUGAAUUUGAAUAUCUGCGUCUCAAAUCGUGACGCGAAAUUCUCAUUGGUCAGAUGUUAUAAUUUAUAUGUUUCCGCUGAGCUCUAUAUAUGUCAACUGCUGAAGCACUAUGCAUAAAAAACACAUUAACUGAUCAAAUUGGUCUUGCCCGUCUUAUCUCAAAGCACGAAAUGUUCUGUUUUGAGAAAACAGUAUUUAAAACAUUUAAACUUUUGCUUGAAUAUCUUAUAUUUCGAAAAACAGUAUAAACUGUACGGUCUAAAUUUAGUUUGCACGGUCUAAAUUUAGUUUGCACGGUCUAAAUUUAGUUUGCACGAAAGUUGUAAACAACACCAUAUAAGGAUAGACAUUCCAUAUUUGGAAAAACGAACGUUACGGGGCAGAUAUUCAAAUUCAUUAGUCAUCGAUGCAGGCUCUCAAUUCAGCUUGAGAGCCUGUUUGCAGGCUAGGCAUGACGAGGCCCCCACCCCCUCCAAUACCUUUUUUGAAAGCCUUUAGAUGAUACACUGGAAAUUGUUUUUCAAAAUUAUUAUUGUGGAUUUGCAUGGAUCUUCGUUGGAAAUAGUAUGGAAAUCCAUUUUUUCAUACUAAUUGCAAUUUCCAUACCAUGGAUAUAGUAUGGAAAUAGUAUGGAUAUACUAUGGAUUUAGUGAUGUAAUGGACCUUUCCCCUUAUAACUAAAAUUUUGAUCUAGACAAAAAUUUCAUCACAGCUUGAAAGAGCAUCACAAUAUUAGUAAUAAUUAAUAAAAUGUUGUAAAAUGUGGAUAAUAUAGCCUUGCGAAGUUUGCCGUUUUUCAGUCAUUUUGUAUUACGCAUGGGAAAUGGACAGCCCAAUCGGGUGUUGGGGCUGAAAAUUGAAAAAAAUUGCUGAAAAUUGCAAAUUUCGCAGGGCUAUAUUAUCCGCAUUUUACAACAUUUCGCAACGAAACUUUGGAAUAUUACUAAUUUUGUGAUGCUCGUUCAAGCUGUAAUGACAUUUUUGUCUAGAGUUGUCUAGAUCAAAAUUUUAGUUAUAAGGGGAAAGGUCCAUUGCAAAUUCCAUUGUAUGGAUUUCACUAUUUCUUUGCAGUGAUAGCUGAAUAAUUGUGUCAGAAAGCUGUAGCAAUACCUGUUUAACCAUUAAAGCAUUGAUACGCUAUAAAUUGAGCUGUUAGUGUCAUUCUCUUGUUUCAUAGUUAAAAGAGAUAUUCAAAGAGAUCGACACGAAUGAAGACUCUCUGAUAUCACCAGAAGAGGUUACAGGUUCUUCAUUAGAUGAAUAUGAGCAGGAACUGAUGGAACUGUUUCCCCGUGACGGUGAUGAAGAUGAUGGUGAAGGUGACGAAGAUGAUGGUGAAGGUGAUGAUGAUGGUGGAGACGAUUUUAAAGACGAAGGUGAUGUUGAGGACGAUGAUGAUGAAAAUGCUGAUAUUGGCAGGCAUGAAGAUUUGUAAAAUAGUUUGUUGUCGAUGCGAAUAUACAGCUAUUUCAAUUGAGAUUGUCUCAAGCAAUAGUCAAAUAAUACAAUCCAAGCGCGAACAGUAUAAUGGGUAUGGGGCAAAUAAAAUUC